AUGGAUACUGAUGGUGCACUGACCUUGAUGGGUUACUUUGAGAAGAAGAAAGACGUAGACGGAGCCGACAAAUCCGUGGAGGUGCUAAAGAAGUUGCAGAAAGAUCUUGAGUUACUGGUGUUCGAACCGUUGUUACUGAAGUUACCCCUUCUAUUGUUUAUUGUGCCUCAUGCUGCUGAGAAGUACUUCAUGGACCUCCCACAAACUUGUAAAACACAUCUCACAUAUGCCGCUCUUCUCAACUGUUACUGCAAGGAGUUGAUGACUGAGAAGGCUGAGAAGCGCAACACUGGCAAUGAUCUUGAAGCCUACCAGUUCCUCAUUACACUGUAUGGGCGAACACAGAAUUUAGUGGAAGUUUAUCGUGUUUGGCGGUCAUUGAAGCGGAAUAAUCCUAGGAAGGCAAACAUGAGCUAUCUUAACAUCAUUCAGGUUCUUGCGAACUUGAAGGAUCUGCCUGCUGCUGAGGCCUGCUUCAAAGAGUGGGAAGCCCGGUAUAUCCGUCCACCUAAGACUAAAGCAACUGAUGCUGUGACAACUGAAACUUCUAAGUUGGAAGAAGAAGCUUCAACCGAGGCAUCUAAUAAUGAUUCUGAUGUUAAGGAAACAGAGGACAAGGUAACAGAGGAGCUUGACCUGAAACGUCCUAAAUACGACAUCCGGGUUGCAAAUGCUCUGAUGAAAGCAUAUGUUACAGAGGGUAUGAUUGAAAAGGCCAUUGCUCUCAAGAAGCGUGCCAAGAUGCGCGGAGGAAGGCUUAACGCGAAGAGGUGGGAGAUUUUCAUGGAGCACUAUCUCAAGGUAGGGGAUCUGAAGAAUACCCAUUGGUGCGCCGACCGCGCAGUCAAGAAGGGACACAGCAGCGGUAGGAUUUGGGUGCCGCCACAUGACGUGACCAAGACCUUGAUGGGCUACUUUGAGAAGAAGAAAGACGUGGACGGCGCUGAGAGUUUUGUCGAGGUGCUAAAGAAGGUUCAGAAAGAUCUGGGGACGGUGGUGUUUGAGCCGCUGGUACGGACGUACGCGGCGGCUGGGAAGAAGUUCCCCGGGAUGCGACACCGUCUGAAGAUCGAAAAUGUGAAACUCAGUGAGGAAACUGACAAGCUGGUCGAUUCCAUCUGUGUUGAUUGA